UCACCGCCAACGAACCCAACUCAGUGGCACCUCGUCUCUUUUCCGCUAUGGAUCGUUGGCAGAACCGCGUGGCCGUGAUCAGUGGCGCCAGCUCUGGCAUUGGUGCGGCCUGUGCCCGCCUCCUCGUUGCCGCUGGCCUCCAAGUGGUAGGUCUGGCCAGGCGUACGGAACGCCUAGAGCAACUCCGUCAAUCCCUGCCCGAGGAGCAGCGUAAGCGCUUCCAUCAGCAGACCUGCGAUGUGUCGCAGGAGAAACAGGUGGACAGUGCCUUCGAGUGGAUCGAAAAGGAGCUUGGUGGCGUCGAUGUCUUGAUUAAUAAUGCGGGAAUAGUCCUAGGCGGACAACUGAUAGACAUGCCCACCAAGGAUAUAGGCAACAUUUUGCAGACGAAUCUCAUGGGUAGCAUUUACUGCACCAAAUGGGCUGCCGGCAGCAUGAGACGCCGCCAGGUGGCUGGACAUUUGUUCUUUGUGAACAGCACCGCAGGAGUGGCGGGCUAUAAACCAGAUCCAGCGGAUGAGAGCCUAAAUGCUUAUACACCCAGCAAGUUUGGUUUGACGGCAGUGCAUGAGAUAUGCCGGCAGGAGCUGAUACAGAAGGGUUCUAGGAUCAAGACCACGAGCAUCAAUCCCGGCUGGGUGGCCACUGAAAUAGUCCCCGACGAGACCAAGGCCAAGCUGGGCCAGGUGAUCCUUCAAGCUGAGGACGUGGCCCAGGCGGUACUCUAUGCCUUGGCCACCCCACCGCAUGCCCAGGUGGAGCAGAUAACGCUGAGGGCGGUGGGCGAGUACUACUGAUACCCUUAGCUAGCCAGAUAUCGCCUACUGAUAAAGCCAGCUCCUCAGAUUAGGCCAUUGACACACAAUAACAAUCAAAUGGAGGCGAACGACCUACAAACAUACACACACACACACACAAUCAAAACACAAUUACACACGCACACCCCAAAAGGCACUGAGAGAAAUAAAUGACAAAAUGACAGAAAAUUAUUAAAA